GUCCUGUACCCCAUUCUGCCUGGCCUUCUGGACUACGACCUGUCCAGGGGGAGUCCUGAGCUGGAGGUGACUGUCGAGAGUGCUCCGGUCCUGGAUAAGGGUGGGCUGCAGGUCCCUGGUGAGAUCCAGCAGCUUGUGGAGGUUCUGACCGAGACCUGGAAACUGCUGUCGGACUGCCAGCUCCACGCAGAGAUUUCCUCGCAGCUCAUUGGCUACCUCUUCUACUUCAUCAAUGCGUCACUUUUCAACUCACUCAUGGAGAGAGGCUCGGAGCGGGGCUUCUUCCAGUGGUCCCAGGGUGUUCGCAUGCGGUCCAAUCUUAACGUUCUCCUUGACUGGGCUCACACAGCUGGACUGGGAGAACUGGCCUUGAAGCAUACACACACUCUCUCGUCUGCAAUUAAUCUGCUAGCUACACCUAGAAAGAUCUUAUUACAGAAAUCCUGGCUGGACCUGCGGUCUGAGUACCCUGCCCUGAGUCCGGCCCAGCUGAACCACCUGCUGAGUCUGUACAGCCCAGCGUCUAUCCUCAAACACACCUGGGCUCCGUCUGCUCUCGACCAGGCUGCGGCACAAAAAAACGAUGACAUCCUGGAGAGUUUCGACACCCAUCAUCCUCUUGUGCUGCCAGACAGUGGUUACCAGUUCCAACUGAGAAGCGAGGUCACAGAUGUGUGGCUGAGUGAGCAGCUGGACAAGCUCAAGGAGUUCAUUUGCACCCUCUCUGACUCAAAGUAUGAGGUGGUCAACGCAACUGAUGAGCAAAAGGUUGGUACCAAUCCCAGCGAGGUCAAACUGAUUAAGAUGGAUAUCCGACCAGCAGCCAGUCAGGAAUCCUUGGACAAAUCGGCUCCUGAAAUGGUGUCAUCUCUGUCUACUGUCCAUGAACUCCAAUUCCCCUCUGCUCCCUCUGCUCCCUUACCUCCAACACCCCCAUCACCACACUCUCCUCCCCCCGCUCAGUACUUUAAUGAGAUCGGCUCCUGCGGUGCCCUCCUUUUGUCCCAUAAGCUCAGAAAUCUGGAGAUGCAGAGCAGAGAGACCGACACGGGUUCAACGAGGAGGUCAGCUCUGGACCCGACCUGUCUCCCCACCCCACCUAACACCCCCCACAUCAUUCAUCCUAUCGAUUUGGUGAAGGCAGAUAAAUGGGUGAGGGGUGAGAGUGAGGCCCUCCCCUGGUCGUCCGGUGUGGAUGCACAUGAGAAAGGUGGAUUAGUGUUUGAAUGUCUGUCUGCACUGAAAGGAGACUCUUUGAAAUCAGAGUACCCCAGUUUGAAGAGAUUUGUUAAGCUUAAAGAGGAAGAGGAGAAUCAGGCGGAGGAAGAGGCCAAGGACCAUUAUGAUGACAAAGACUAUGAGCUUUUUAGUUUGGAGCUGGAGCGAGGUGCCUGUGGAGUUGGUCUUGCUCUGAUUGACACAAGGGACACCAACAUGAGGGUGAAAGGCGUUUUUAUCCGUGCAGUGGUCCCAGACUCUCCUGCAGCCCGCUGUGAGAAGCUGCUGCCAGGAGACCGGAUCCUGGCUGUUAAUGGAGUCAGUCUGCUCGGAAUGGACUACCAGAGUGGAAAGGAGCUGAUCCAGUCAGGUGAUAGACUGAGGUUACUGGUGGCCAGAUCUGAAUGGAUGUCUAAGGCUAUAAAGGCUGAUUGCUGA